CACUCCGGCCCUGCGCGCAGGAGGAGGCGAAGGGUCGCAUCUCCCGGCUGCGCCCGCACCCGCCAGCCAGCCGCGGCGGAGUUGCAUGGAGGCACCGGUCCGCGCUGUGCACUGGGUUAUUUUCCUCCAUCUACCCUCAUCCCUGGAAGCUCCAUCCAUAUUGGAAUAACCAGCAAUUAUUCCAAUCUCUAUGAACAGAGCAUUCUGCCUUGUGGCAGAAAAGAAGAACUACAGUGGGGUGACAGGCUCUGCCUCUUAAACUGGUUGCUCUGUUGCUGUAAGAACGACUGUGAAAGAGACUACAUGUCUGUCAAACUGACAUGCUCAACUGUUCUGUGCGAGGAGCAGAGAAGAGGUACUGUAGCAGAUGGAAGAGGUAUUAGUGUUUUCACUGGCUCUUCAAUGUUAACUACUGGGACAAAAGUCGUGAACGAAAGCGACUCAGAUAGUGAAUUCCCCAACUACGGUGAUCAUGGAAAUGAAACCCAUUUCUUUUUUUCACCUAUUCUGGUGGCUGGAGUAGUGAUCGGAAUUGUGCUGUUUCUGUCCUGUAUUACAAUCAUUGUUGGAGGUCUGCGAAAGGAAAGGCGGUUGAGACGCCAGCGUCCGAGAACAGAUGUUUUUUAUGCUCCAGAUGGCUUCUCUUACGGUGGCUCUUUUGGAGAGCUGAGAGCCGCCUGCAUAGAGGAGUAUCCCCCAAAUCUUGAGCUUGGUGCCAGUGUGGAUACACGUCAACGUGUGGUCAAUGUCAUAUAUUCCGAUUCACCUCCACGCUAUGAAGAAUGCGUGGGGCCAGGAGCAAGACAAAUGUAUAUGCCCACAGAUAAUCCUCCCCCAUAUUCUGUUACAGACCCUUGUCGAAGAAAUGAAACAUCUAUAAACAUUGGCCUGGAAGCAGCAUGUGGGUCUGCAUGCACUGCAAAUUGUCCAGUCCGGCUGCAGAACUUGCAGCGGCCCACUUCUUCCAUCUCUUUGUCGCCUCUCGCUCUGGGGGCUACUUCCCGGUAUGAGACAGUGGUGCGUCAACAGAAUACCCCCGUAUCACUUGUUCCCAUCGAAGUGCUGAAAAAUUCUUCUCCUACCUAUCAAGCCAUUUUGAAUCAGGUCAUAUAAUUAAAGUGGCUCUUUCCUUCAACUCUUCUGAAGAACCAACAGAACCCGUUUAAAUGGAAAAAUAAAACCUUUGAAAGUUUUACCUAUUUUAUAUCUUUAAAAAGGUUGCAAUGAGAUAUUAUCUUUUACAGAAAACUUUGAAAGUUUACCUAAAUUUCCCUUUUUGGCUUCAAAGUUCUGUGACAUCUCACAGCAUCAAAGAGAACCAGUGACAAUCUGCAUCUGACCUUUCUGAAGCAUUUCAAAACACAAUGAAAUCAGCCACUCUUAAUAUAGAUACGUGCUACCCAUUCAAGACUACUUGUUGAUUUUAUGAUACUUUGCAUGUUUUCAAGCAGAAGGAAUAGUAUUUUGUUGUCUUUGUAGUACAUUUCAUUCAGUGUCUUGGCAACAAGGCAUUUUAAAAUAAUUGUUUGUCUAAAUAUGUAUUUUGAGUAGACAGAGGCACUGCCUGCAAAGCAUGACUAACAGUAGCAUACAGGAGAAAAAGAAGAAUGUUAUUUUGGCAUUUUUUCUUUGGGGAAAAAAAAAAAGUAUGGCCAGUACCAAGCUUUACAGACCAUUGCACAGCCUGCUGUAAGGCUUCCUCAGAAGAAACCAGCACCAAGUGAUGACAAGGUGGCAGCAGAUCCCCAAAACACCAAUUGGCAGAAGUACGGAAGCUGUACUACAGCUGUGUGCAGGCCUGGAAGCUGCAUGCCCUACACAGGAACCUGCUAGUGCCAAGGGAAGGACAUUGUCUGGAAUCCCAGAAGAUACUUCAUGUCAAUUCCCAUGCAUGACUGCGUUUUCAGGCACUAACUGGUCUCUUUCUUCAGUAAGGAGCCUGUAGCAUUACAAAGUACCUUGGCAUCUAGUAAUUGCAUUAGUAUGAUGUAAAUAAUAGAUGCUGGACCUGGCAUGCACAGUAACAGACAACCUCAUUUCGUGCAGAAACCUCUUUUAUUAGGCAUGAUCCUUUCCACUGAAAUUUUGCUACCCGCAAAUCUUUGUGGCCUUUGUUCUUAAACCUAGACUUCUCACACAUUCAUCUGAUAACUGCAUACAAAUUGGAGAUCUACGCUAGCUUGAACAGCAGAGGUAAACUGCAAAUGCGAGAGUUUAAUCUUGCGUGGUACACAAGAAUCAUACCCCCACGUGAGGACUAAAAUCCACUUUCAGCCAGUACUAGUUACUAGAGCUAUCAGACGACCAUUGCCACUAAUCUCUCGGAGGUAUUUUUACUGAUAAAAAAAUAAUAAUAGUUUUACACUGAUAAAACAGACUUCAGUUUACUACCCCCAUUACAGAAUAUGUAAAAAUUAGUAAAUAUGUAAUUGUGUUUAAAAGGAAGCAUCAUCCAAAUUAUUAAAAUUGCACUUACAUUUUUUGUAAAUACCAAAUAAUUUUCAACUAUAAUCAUCGUUCAACAUUCCAAAGAUUGACACAAUUAUAAUUAAUGCUUAGAUGGAAACUAAUUAUAUGGUCCUUACUGCUGUAUAGAUUAUACUACUACUGAGUGAUAUGCACAUUAUGAGAUAAGGUAAGGAUGCAUUUUUUGCUAAGUAGAUGAGAGUGAAUAUGUAUUUUGCUAAAAUAAGAGAAUUCUUUUGCAUUUCAGCAAGAUACUCAAUAUUCUCGGGAUACUAUACCCAAAACAACAACAACAAAAAUCACAAUUUAGCAUUCCAAAACUGCUGGCAGGGAUUUCCAGAACGUAGGCUGUAUUUCACAUUUGUAUCUUUAAUAGAACUAUUCCUCUGUGUAAAGUACUAGUGUACACAGUUUUGUGGUAUGCAAAGUAUCCUGCAAUGAGAAUC